AUGGGUGCUGUCGGUGCCAUGGGCUGGAUGAUGCUGCUGCUGCUGCAGGCAGUGCCCUGGGCUGCAGGGGCCCAGCCCUGCAGCCCCAAGUACUUCGGCCGCGAUGCCAUGGUGUGUGUCUGCAACGCCACGUACUGCGACACGCUGGACCCUGUGGUGCUGCCAGCGCCGGGCACCUACGUCAAGUAUGAGAGCAGCAAGGCUGGGAAGCGGCUGGAGCGCAGCGAGGGGAGCUUCCAGCACAGCACCGUGGCCCCAGGGCUGCUGCUCACGGUCAACGUCUCCACGUUGUACCAGCACGUGAAGGGAUUCGGCGGGUCCCUCUCCGAUGCUGCUGCCCUCAACGUCCUGGGGCUGUCGCCGCCGGCCCAGGACAAGCUGCUGCAAUCCUACUUCUCAGAGGGCGGGAUCGAGUACAACCUCCUCCGGAUCCCCAUGGCUUGCAGUGACUUCUCCGUGCGCCCCUACAGCUACGAUGAUGUCCCCGAUGACUAUGAGCUGAAGCACUUCAGGCUGGCGGAGGAGGAUGUGAAGAUGAAGAUCCCCCUCCUGCAACGAGCCUCAGCCAUGAGCAAGCGGCCGCUGUCCCUCUACGGCAGCCCCUGGACCGCCCCAGCCUGGAUGAAGAGCAACGGGGAUGUCCGCGGGAAGGGCACGCUCAAGGGGCAGGCGGGGGACAAGUACCACAAGACCUGGGCCAACUACUUCAUCAAGUUCCUGGAUGAAUACGCCAAACACAACGUGACCUUCUGGGCAGUGACGGCGCAGAACGAGCCCCUCGCGGCGCUCCUCACCCCCUCCCAGUUCCCCACCAUUGUCUUCACGGCCGAGCAGCAGCGGGACUUUGUGGUCCAGGACCUGGGCCCCGCGCUGGCCAACAGCUCCCACCGCACCCGGCUCAUCAUCCUGGACGACCAGCGCAUCCACCUCCCGCACUGGGCCAAAGUGGUCCUGGGCAAUGCCACCGCUGCCCGCUACGUCGCCGGCAUUGGGGUUCACUGGUACCUGGACAGCAUCGUCCCACCGCACUGCAGCCUGGAGGCCACGCAUGAGCUCUUCCCUCACCACUUCCUGCUCUACACGGAGGCCUGCAGCGGCUUCCUCACCCUCCGCUUCUCCGUGUCCCUGGGCUGCUGGGACCGGGGGCAGCGCUACAGCCACAGCAUCCUGACGGUCCUGAACCACUUUGUGUCCGGCUGGACCGACUGGAACCUGGCCCUGGACAUGAAGGGGGGCCCCAACUGGGUCAAUAACUUCGUGGACAGCCCCAUCAUUGUGGACAGCAGCAAGGACAUCUUCUACAAGCAGCCCAUGUUCUACCACAUGGGGCACUUCAGCAAGUUCAUCCCUGAGGGCUCGCGGCGCGUGGGGCUGCAGCGGAGCCGCCGGUGCCUCAUCUGUCAGCUCGAGCACGUGGCCGUCCUGCGUCCCGACGGCGCCCUGGUCCUGGUGGUGCUCAACAGGUCUGGCUGGGACGUGCCCUUUGGGAUCCAGGACCCUGCCGUUGGCUUCAUCGAGACUGUGGCUCCGGCCAACUCCAUCCAGACCUACCUGUGGCGCCAGCAGUGAUGGCCAGGACAGUGCUGGGGCUGGUGCUGAGCUCUGGGAGUCCCCCUGCAAUGACGGAAGCGGGUGGUGACCCACUGCGAGGGGCUCCGUGUGCUCCCUGUGCUGUUCCCUUGCUGCUCCGGUGCUUCCCAGACCCCGUCCAGCCCCACUGCUCCGUGUCCUGGCCCUCGCUUCCACACGUGGCUCCCAUGGACCCUUUGCGUGCGCCAAGCGGAGCCGUGACGCGGCCGCUCCGGUAUGCGCCAUCCCGUCAGUGUUUCCUCUACGCGCUCGGAAACGGCGCGGUUUUCCUCGGGAAGGGCUGCUCCGGAGGGCUCCGUGUGGGGCUGCCGUGUUGAUGGCUGCAGCUGGAGCCGCAGCCGCUCGCCAGCUCCUGAUGGGUUUCAGAUGUGCUCUUGGUUUGCCCCAGAGCGGCUUCGUUUCCCUCUUUAUUAAACCAAAAUCUCGCUGUAGAAAAGGGAAUUCAAUCCGUGUCCUCAUGCACCAAGCGAGGCUGAUGCCAUCCCACAGCUCAUACUGGCCGCAUCCAGCCACCCUCCGGACAGACUCCCCUCUAUUCCGGCCGUGGAGCUGGCAGCCCACAAUUACCUGGCCAUCCUGUUUGCUCUCCUUAAAUACCAGUUACGGUAUUUGCUUGCUCCAGCUUUUGGGAACGUUACCAGCAUCUUUGAAGUGAUGGAAUGAGAAAGCCAGAGAGCUCCUUGGCAAAGUCCCCUGUGUGUGAGCUGCGGAGCUGCUGAUGCUGGGGGAAAACUCAUCAAAAGAGAGGUUUAACAGCUGGAGUGUGGC